GAGCUUAGUGCAUGCAGAGGAACGCCUUCCAAGCAAAGCCUCUUAUUCCCUAGUCCUGACUCCUGAGCAACAGCUGAAAAUACAGUAAAGGUGCUGGGGCCUGGAAGGAGGGUAGUUGCUGGGAUCAUCUAUCAGAGAGACUCAGUGGAGAGCGGAACAGGGUAGCGCACCUGUGGUACAGCAGCCAUGGACUGCACCAGCUCCAGAUCUCACCUGUCUCCAGGAUUGCCUCCACCCUCGACCUCAGCAUCCCUUUCCACCCCAUCAUCCAUGCCAAUACCCCCUGCCGUGCCAAUGCCCACAUCAUACCUACGCCCCCCAGCUCUGUUAUUGAGAGCAGCAGCCGCUGCUGCAGCUGCUGCCUGCUCCCCACGCAUGUCUAUGUCCCUGGACAGAGGAUCUGGGUCAGGUGGAGGGUCCUUGUUUCCAAGGACCCCUAAAUGUGCCCGAUGCCGCAACCACGGGGUAGUGUCAGCCUUGAAAGGGCACAAGCGCUUCUGCCGCUGGAGGGACUGUUCCUGCGCCAAAUGUACGCUGAUAGCGGAGAGGCAGCGGGUGAUGGCUGCGCAGGUGGCGCUCAGGAGACAGCAGGCACAGGAAGAGUGUGAGGUACGUGGGGCACAGCACUUCAUGUACCCAGUGCCUGGCACAGGAAGAGGAGAGACCAAUGGGCACAGGGCACAGGCACUCCAGGCCUUCCACCAAGAUGGACAUAAAGGUAAGUUCAAACAGAUUCUUUCUCUUUAGAAUGAAGAGAAAACUUUUUGUAUCACAAAAUACUAAUGAGACAAUAGUAACAUGUUUGCAAAAUAUUUGAUAUACUAAUGUAGUUUAUUUUUAAUUAGAACAAUUUAUUUCACUGUUCAACUUUUUUUGCAUCUAAGUGCCAGUAGAGAUGACGAAUAGGGUCUAUGGCUAGUGCAUUACAGGACAGUUUCCCUAAUUAAAAUGUGUGGUUAGUUGACAAGCUGCAUUAAAAUAAAAUCUGAUUGCCAAAGUAAUUCAAUAUGAAAAUAUUUCAAAUUCACUGUUUAGGAAAAAUUUCACUGUUUAGGAAAUAGGCUCGUUAGUUAAUAGAUGUUUGAGCAUUUUGCCACUUUAAAAAGCUUUGCACAUUGAAUCCACAUGUAAAUUCAUAAUGUGCUUGUCACUGUCGUUGGGGCAUUACAAGCCUGUAUGUUACUCUUGGCACUAUGAAAAAUGAAGUUUUAAAAAAAUAAAAAAAAAGCUUUGCAAGUCAAUGAUUUUUAUCUGGAGGAAUAAAGGUUUAGGGGAAAGUUAAAACAAAUGUAUUUCUGCAAAACAAUCUCUCCUUUUUAAACGGUUUAUUCAACAUGCAUGGCCAGAUCAGAUAGUCAUAAUAACAGCAAUUAUGUAGGCAAACAGGUUUAAGAAAAAACGACUUAUCAUAAGAUUUAUUGACUUGACUACAAUUUCUGGAGGCUAGAGAAAUGGCAUCAUGUUUUCUAAAAUGAAAAGUUGGACAAAAUCGCAAAUCUAUAUGAGUUAGAAUUUUUCCAUAUCUCCUCUCCUGGCAUUCAUUUUGCAAGUUGAUUUAAAAGUUACAACUUGCCAUAUUUUUUAAUCUUUUUUUUUGGACUCUAAAAUAUCUGUUGUUGUUUUUCAAUUCAGAAAGAUGGUUGCCUAUUGUUACAUGUAUUAUUAAAGAAAUGCAUUUUUUAUUCAGACAUUUCAGAAAUUCAUUUAAUAAAACAUGUUUCAUUUUUAUCAUUGUGUAGUUGUCAAUGCAGAUACUACUUUUGUCCAUUUUAUAUAUGCAUAUUUUAGUUUUUUAAAAGGACUAAACGAUUAAGAAAAAUAAUACUAAAUAAAUAAAUUGUGCAAAAGUGGAAUUUGCUUAAAUUAUUUUUGGGGCAUCACAUCACUAAUAGUUUGAACUGUCAGAAAUUCUAACAUUUUGGGCCAAAGCAGACAAAAUUAAAAAUUAAAGAAAAAUCAUUCUAGUUUGAUAAAAUUUUUGAUCUACAAUUUGAAAUGACUUUGAAAUAUCCUUAGAUUUUUCCGUAUUUCACACGUUAGUAAAUAUUCCAAGUAAAUAUCAACUGGAGAUUUUUUUCUAACUAGGUUGUUGUAGCCUAAAAUACACAAGUUGUCAUUGAACCACAACAUACACAUUCGUGAAUUAACAAUUGUAUGGGGAAAACACUUUCACAAAAUUAGGGACCUAAAGCCUAAACAAUGAGUUGUGUCAAGUUGAAUACUGACCUAAAAAAUUAAGGGAAAAGUUUCCAGUUAUGCCAAAGUUCGCCAACACAUUUAUGUAUUUUCCAGCUAAAUUAUCUUAGUCUAAAUAUUAAUUUCCAGUUGUGAGUUUGUGGUUUAGUGAAUAGGGCCAAUAUGUUACCAGAUAUCCAUUUUAAAUGAAACAAUUUGAAGACUAUUGUGAUGAUCUGAGAACUAUAAAAUUAUCAAGGGAAAUAUAAUACUGUAAUGGGGGAUUAUAUUUAACUAAGAAACAAUUGAAUUAUAAUUUUAAAACAAAAUAUACUAUACAAAUUUCUAAGCAAAUUAUAAUCUCUACAUACAGUUUGUAUUUACACACGAAACAUGUUUAGAAUCUGAAAAAAAAAAUAAGAAAGAAGUAAUGUUUACUAUAGGAACAAAAGUAGAUUGAAAAGUUAUAAUUUUUAUAUAAAGAUUAAUUAUUUGAUACAAGAACCUAAAAAAUGUGCCAAAAAAUUCUACUUUCAAAUUUUCUUCCUGCGUGAUCUUUGACUUAUUAUUUCGACUAUUAACAAAAUGUAUGGAAGUUUUUCAUAUAUUUUUUUAUUAUUUUUUUUAAAUAUGAAAUUUUGCUCAAGUAUAUAAUAAUAAAUCCCACCCCCCAAAAUGCUAACCUUUUUAUGUGUAUUCUUUCAGAAAGUAAACACACAAAAAAAAUCUUGUAAUAACGUAAUACUUGCAGUUUUUAUAAUACCAAACAAUAACUAUUUUGCAAAUCAUGUGAUCUUGUCUGUUCUAGAAGUGCUUUUUAUUACAUUUUCCAAUGUUUUUGAAUACCAAACUGAUUCCCUGAGAAGCACGAAGAUAAAUUCUAUUUAUUUUCAGUAAUAUUUAUUUCUUACAAUGACUUGGUAACAUGUACUUACUAAUUGUUAUCUUUAAUUUAUGUGAAAAUCCUUUUUUUUGUUUGCAUUAGAUUGCUGUGUUAAUAUACAAUUACUUGGUUGAGAACAAUAUUUAUUUAUUUAAAUUAUAAUGCUUCAGAGAUACAUGCAAAAUAGCAUUUUUACAGUGCAUGAAAUGGUGGUUACCUAGCAAUAAUGAUAAAUAGUUACUAAAGCAGUAAUGAUAAAUAGUUAUUUACUGUGCAGUUCUGUAUGUUUGUGCAUAUUCCAAACUGACUUGGACAUUUAAGGCCAAAAUAUCCAUGUUGAAAUAAUAAAAAAAAAACUAGUUACAAGAUGCAUUGCUAGCAUGAGAAUUGUUGGGGGUUCAAAGUGAAUUUUUAAAUUUAAGGUAAAAAUAGCCAAACUGUAAACAUUCUCCUAGUCAGCUAUUCUUCCAAUUUGGCUACUUCGGCCUAAAAUGUGAAAUUCCCAUUUAUUUCACAACAAUUUCCCAACAAUUCUCAUUUUAAUAAUUCACCAUGAAAGGUCUUUAAGGAGAGAGAACAAAAGGAUGAGAUUGAUAGAGAGGGAGAGAGAGAAAAUGCUUAAUGAAUGCAUGUAAGGUCCUGAGGAAAGUCCUUAAGAAGACCGAAACUUAAACUUUUUAUGAACUGCACAGAUUGCCGAAGAAUUUUUAAGCUGCUUAAUGUUUUAAAUCAACCACUACUUGCAUUUGCUUUUUAUCUAAUAUAUGGUGUAAAUAUUAUAUGACUUAACUGUUAGUUCAAUGGGCUGAUAAUGUUUUAGAAAUGCAUAUUGAAUAGUUGGUAACUUCAACUGUGUAUUAUUCCCUAUAGUUCAUGCUUUAAUAGCCACUGUGCAGUAUCGGGACUCAUAAUCCCAGGCAGAGUGAGCACAUACGUGUUAUGGACAGUUUGAGAUUUGUGAGAGUUACAAAACCAGUGGCUGCUGUUCUCUCCCUAGAAGAAUUAAUAACUGUUGCUGCAAAUAACAGCUACCACCCAUGAGUGUAAAUCCAAAUAAUCUUAGGCACACUAGUACGUGUAUUUUCAGGUACUGCCAUGAGAUUAAGGAGCUCUAAGGAGCACCAAGGACAUACUUUAAAACGAGGGAAAUCUCAAUGUAUCCUUCCUGGUAAAAUAUUUUAUAAAUAAAUAAUACACUCUUACUAACACUUAUGCACUUACACUUAAACUAACCCCAACAUUAAAAAAACAAUAUAAUGUAAAAAAUAUAUAAUAAUUAUGUGUUUCUAUAUGGAAAGUUAUGGCAUUUAAAGUUUUAGACCACUCUCAUUAUUAUGUCACCCGAAUCAAGAGCAUUAUUUUCCUAUAAUAAAUACACACAUGCUAUUAAUUCAUAUAUUAAAAAAUAAAUAAAACAUAUAUAUAUAUAUAAAAUCAAGAAAAAGAGUAAGCGCUAAAUAACAGUAAGGCUGCAACCUUUAAAGGGGAUCCCUCAACAAAACCCUCAAAUACAAUAAGGAUAAAAAACAAACAAAGAUAAAGGUUGCGCCAAAAUAGACCAAUUGAAAUAUAAAUAUAUGAUAAAAGUCUUAGCUGAAAGGAUCUUCUUUAGAUCAAAUAGUCCAGAAAGUGCUUGUAUAUAAAGUGCUUGUAUAUGUAUAUAUACAUGAUAAAAGUAUUAUUUCAGUUUCAGCCAGAUACUAUUAACUGCCAAGCAACGCAGUUAUACAAAAAAAAAAAUCGUAAAGUGCUCACAGGUCUUCCUAUCCCAAAAAAAUUACAUUAACUUUAUUAAUCAAAAAAAAAAAAAAUUGCAUCAACUUAUUUUUUUUAAACAGCAUAACUGUGACAUUUGUUUACAAAAAUCUAGUUUGGUUUUGUUGUUUUGUAGAGCAUCAAAAAUCUUGACAGUAAACAAAAUUUUAACAUUUAAUUUGACAGGCAUGUCAAAAUAUGGAGUUUGUGAUCUCGACAACUUAAAUAGACAAUUUAAAUAUUGUUGACAUACUUAAUGACGAUCUCUGCAUCAUUAUUCUGCAUCACAAAAAAAAAUGUCUAAAAUGCAUCCUCAGGACUAUUCACCAAAGUAAGGAUUUCACAUUUGAGGUCAAAAUACAUGACCUGGAAAAAAAAAUCUCUAAGUCAGCUAUGCUUCAAUUUGAGCUUCUUUGCCCUUAAAUUUGAAAUCCACUUUGAAUUCCGUCAUUAGUAAAUGACCUUAUAUGUAUUUAUACUGUAUGGUCUCACUUUCACAAUGUCUCCCCAAAGCUGUCCAACCUUGCAUAGCAAGGAUAGGGUGCAAACUCCGGGCAAAUGGCCUAACAUUAUCUAGUGGCUGUUUGUCCACCUGUCUCUCUAUAUUCAUUUUAUAAAUUUAUUUGCUAUCGGAAAUAGAAUUUUGUAUUGCAACCAACCUAACUCUUAAUAUUAAUGGAACUUUAAAGAAAUAAAAAAAAAAAGAUAAAUAUGAUUUGAAAAACAACUACUCACAGACUGCUCACAGACCUUGAUAUUCUGCUAUAGACCCCAAAUUUAAUUUUUUUUCUUUUCUGUCUGGCUGAGAGUAAAUCAAGUGGAAUUAUUUCUAGUCAACCUUUACCUUUAAGGUGUUCAAAUUAUAAUUUGAAUUCAUUCCACUCUGAGAUCCUCUGUAAGAGCAACAUGAAUUGGAUUAUUUUGUGUUACUAAGUCUACUAAGAAAUGGAAACAUCUCAGAGUAUUUUAAAAUAAACCUUUUAUUUUGUGUUUCAUUAGAUUUUGUUGAAAGAAUACUAUUAUCAUUUUGUUUUGGACAAUAAUAUGCAAUGGGAUGACAUAGAGACAUAAAGGCUUCCAAAACAGCUACAUAUGUAAAGAAAAAUGUAGCAAUGUCUUAUGGCAAAUAAUUUUUAGUAAUAUUCCUCAAUAGUUUAUAAACUAGUCCCUCUAAAACACCCUCUUUCACACAUCCCUCAAGCAAAUGUUAUAAUAAAUUAAAAUGAUAAAAUAAAUCUGGAUCCUGAGUAUAUUAAUAACAAUAUGUUCUGAUUACACACGUGUUUAUGUGAGAAUAGGAAUAGCACAUUUAAUGUUUUUGUUUGAUCAUUUUCCAUCAAGAGUUUGAAUGAUUAACAUGCUUCAUAGGCCACAUCAUUAAAGUGAUAAAACAAAAACCCUAAAUAGUAUAUAUUUUUAUAAUGAGAACUCUCUUAGAUAUUAAGCACUACAUCAUGCCAAACUACUCUAAACAGCUCAAAGACAAAUUUGGGAGAAAUAGGCUACUACUCCCAAAGAGAGCUAAAAUAGUCCUGGUAAACCACACAUGCUCACUGGCCUAUAUUGUCAUACACAAAAAUGACAAAAUAGGAUUUUGUCAUACAUCGUGAAUGCAUUAGUAUACAUAAUAGUAUAGUAUCAUAGGUCAUAUUCUGGUAUCCAUGUACUACCACUUUAUUUCUAGUUAACAUAUAAUGGUCAUCAGUGACUACCGUUAAAAAGUGCAUAAUUUUCAAAAUAUAUUUUAGUAUAAAUGGGUGUGUAUGUUAAAGUGGAUAAAGCAACAGGACAAUAUUGUACUGCAGCAGUUAUGUACCACAACUCUGAACAUGCUAAUGUAUAGUCCAGGUAGGAAAACAAAAUAUUGCAAUAACAUUUAUAUGAAAUAUUAUACUUUAUUAAAUUAUGACUCAGCACAAUACACACAUAAUAAUAUUAAAAUUUAAUUUUGUUUCUUAUUUUUCUAGGCUCUAACGAAACAGCUGAAAAACAAAAUCAAUAUUAUGAAAGAAUAUCAAGCACAAUGCUGCAUUCCCAGUCACAGUCCUCUCCUGCUGGCAUUAUCAAUGUAAGUCAGAGUUUGAAGAGUUCAGGUCCAGAAACCUCAAGCAAAGAAGAUAUGCAAUCUCCAGUAUCAGAAGACCGAUCUGAAGGUGAUGACAGUCAGAGCUCAGUAACUUCUUCAGACCCUGAAUCUGGAAAUGAAAGUGAGUGGCUCAAAGAACAAAGCGUUCCUAAUUCUAAAGUCCCAGCUAUAUCUUCUAGGCAUAGAGAUCCUCUAGAAAUACUUUGUAAAGUCUUCCCAAACCACAAACGAGGCACUCUAGAAAGCAUUUUGCAAUAUUGUAAAGGGGAUGUGGUCCAAUCCAUUGAAUUGGUUUUAAAUGGAAAAGAACACAAGAACGAUGCCAAGAAUACUGGAAGUCCAUCAGGAUCUGAUCUUGGAACCUUUCCGCGAGAUUCAACUUUCAGUGUCACUGGUUUAGGGUUUGAUACAUUUGGAACUAAAUCUGCCUUUUCUCCUCUUUACACAAAUGUAUCCACUGUUGGAGGUGAUGCAAGUAUCUUUAAUCCUAGACUUGGGCUUAGUCCAUUGCGUUUGGCUUAUUCUACAUCUAACAGAGGACUCCCUGGGUUUAUGUCACCCUACAUAACAUCUGGGCUUAUCCCAUCUUUUCCUUUCCGACCCGGAAUGGAUUACUCAUUCCCGAGUAUGUUUCGGGACUCCUCUUAUUAUCCGCGUAAGGAUACUAUGGCUGCUACAGGACUUUACACCAAGCUGAAUCAAGAAAAUCAGUAGCAUUCUUUAUAUUUUUACUUAAUACACAACAAAAGCCUCCACAGUGACCUUACUUGAGUGACCACAACAGACUGUAGCUCAGAUGGAAUAUAUUUUUAGAUAUCAUUUGUAGUUAAUUAAACAAAUUUACAGGUUUUUGUUAUUCCUUCUAAUACCAAGAAAAUAUUUCUUAUGAUGAAACUAUAUUAUUUUAUGUAUUAAUGCAAUAAAAGAGAUUUAGU